CCCAAGCCCUCACUCUGAAGCGAUGGCGUCGACGCUUUCCCCGGGCGUGGCACUCUCCUCUUUUGGCGGGCUCCGCAUCGCGAGGCUCCGCCCCCUGGAACGGUCUCUCUGCAGUCGCGGAGGCGGGCUCUGCAUUUCUAUUGGUAGAGCGGUCCGCCGAGGCCCCGCCCCCUCCCGGGCCCGACGCGAACACGUUGGGUAGCCGGGACCGGUUGAAAAGCCGCCCGAAUCCGGAGCGGCUCCCCGGGCGAGAGGCACGCUCAGGGCCGCGGUGGCGGUUAAGAGGCGUCUCAGUGGCUGGAGUGCGGUCCCCGGGGGCGGAGGGGCCGGGUGGGCCGAGACCUCGGCGGCCUGGCCCGCCGCCCUUCCCCCCCUACGCCCGAAGACCUUGUGGGUGGAAGCUCCCUGGAGCGCCUCACGCCCGCGCGAUGGCUACUGCCGCGGAGACGGAGGCCCCUUCGACGGACGCGAGCUGGGAAAGCCGCGGCGGCGGAGACGACGGGGUGAAGCCUGCGCUUCCGGAGCUUGAGUCCUCCUUACAAAAUGGCGGCGGCGACGGCGGCGGCGGCGCGGGGCCGGAGGAGACCGCGGCAGCUGAAGCCGCCCGGAGCCACGGCCACCAGCAGCCUCACCAAACCUCCGAGGCGGCCGCGGCCGCUCUGCCCAAAGGCGCCGAAGAGCCGGAAAGGCCUUUUAGGCGGAGUUUUCAGAUCCCCAGGAAGAGCAGAGCAAAGAAAGCUCUUUUCCAGCCAUUAACUCCAGGGUCUCGAGAAUUUGAAGAUGUUUUAAAUAUUCUCCAUUCAUCUUACCUUGAACCAUCCUCAGUAACAAAUUUUAACUAUAGACGAGCUUGCUUGAUACAUAAUGAACUUUUGGAAAAAGAGUUUACAGAAAAGAGAAGAGAAUUGAAGUUUGAUGGUCGUUUAGAUAAGGAACUUUCAGAAUCUUAUGCAUUUCUCAUGGUUGAUCGGUACCAGGUUCAGAGCAUAUGUGAAAAAGGAUUGCAGGUGGGCCAAUCCAAAAUAACAGUUCUUGGCAGUCCUUUCAUGGGUAUCUAUCUUUGUAGGUAUGCAGAUCUCUUACAGGCUAAUCCUUUGGAAGCUGGGGCAGUAGGCGAUGUUGUUAUUUUUAAAAUCAUGAAGGGUAAAAUAAAGAGUAUUUAUGACUCUCUUAGUGUAAAAAGCUUGGAAUCCAUGUUAAGUAAAAAUGCUUUGGACCCUACACCAAAACAUGAAUGUCAUGUGUCUAAAAAUGCCAGUAGAAUUACAUCCCUCUUGGCAUAUAGAGCCUAUGAGCUUACUCAGUAUUAUUUUUAUGAGUAUGGCUUUGAUGAAGUAAGACGAAGGCCAAGACAUGUUUGUCCGUAUGCAGUUGUGUCUUUUACUUACAAAGAUGAAGUACAAACUCCAAAGUUUGUGUCUCCAUUGAGAUCUAACAGCUUUAAUGCAGAUAGAAACAUAGAUAAGUUUAACUAUACCUUGUGGAAAGGACAACUUUUAAAUAAAGGAAAGCUUCUGUGUUCUAUUUCUUUGAGGUCCACCAAUCGUGCCUUUUUACCUGUCAAGCUUCCUGAGAAAUUGGAUGUUGAAACAGUUAUGAGUAUUGAUUGUUUGAAACAGAAAAUUCCUCCUUCAUUCUUUUAUAAAGACACAUAUGUGGGUCCUAAUGAAGUUUUAAAGAAUGGAAUGUAUUGUAGCCUUUAUGAAGUUGUAGAAAAGACAAGAAUUGGAAGUAAUAUGGAAUGUUUACUGCAAAAACUGGAGAAAGAAAAACUUGUUCUUGUUAAACCUUUAGGAGACCGAGGAUACCUUUUUCUUCUUUCUCCUUCCCAGAUGGUUUCUCCAUAUGAACAUCAGACUGUCAAGUCACGAAUCCUACAUGCUUUAUUUCUGUUUCAAGAACCUAGAUGCCUAAUUAUCACACAAAAAGGUAUGAUGAAUACAACACCACUGGAGAGGCCUGAGAACUUACCAGAUAUAUUAAAAAUAACUCAGUUUUUACAGUUUUCUCUGAUUCAAUGUAGAAAAGAAUUCAAAACUAUAAACACUAUAAAUUUUCAUUCUGUUGUUGAAAAGUAUGUAAGUGAAUUUUUUAAGCGAGGUUUUGGUUCGGGUAAGCGAGAGUUUUUUAUGUUUUCAUAUGAUUCACGAUUAGAUGAUAGAAAAUUCCUAUACUCAGCACCAAGAAAUAAAUCCCAUAUUGAUGACUGCUUACAUACCUACAUUUACCAGCCAGAAAUGUAUCAGUUACCUAUUUUUAAAUUAAAAGAGUUAUUUGAGGAAAAUUGGAGACGUCAGCAGUUUAGUCCACUGUCAGAUUAUGAAGGUCAAGAAGAAGAACUGAAUGGUUCAAAAAUGAAAUUUGGAAAACGGAAUAAUUCAAGGGAUGAAACUACUGAACCUGAACAGCAGAAAUCUUCUCAUUCUUUGGAUUAUGAUAAAGAUAGAGUCAAAGAAUUGAUUAAUUUAAUUCAGUGUACAAAAAAAAAUGUGGGUGGAGAUCCAGAUCCAGAAGAUACAAAAAGCAAAAAUGUCUUGAAGAGGAAGCUUGAAGAUCUACCUGAAAAUAUGAGAAAGUUUGCCAAAACAAGUAAUUCAACUGAAAGUUGCCAUCUAUAUGAAGAAUCUCCACAGUCCAUUGGCUUACUUGGACAUGAUCCUAACUUGAGACUGCAGCAGGAAGAUUCCGGGAACACUGGAGACAUCCACAAGCUUUAUAAUUGGCUCUCGGAAGCACUAGCAAAUGCACGACACUCAGAUGGAUUCCUGACCGAGACAGUCAACAAGGCUUUAGGAUUGAGUAGCAGUGGUGCCUAUGAAGAGCUGAAGCAAAAAUGUGAUUAUGAGUUGAACUCUACUUUAGAUAAAAAAGAAUCUGAGCAGCCUGCUUGUACAAAAAUUGAGAAUGUGCAUUUUAAGGAUGCUCAGAGCCCAUUGCUGGAAGUCGAUGCAGCGUCUGUAAAGUAUCCUCCUCUUCUGUCUAGCAGUGAGGAUCCGAAUUUAAUUAAUGUCAAUAAUUUUGAAGGGUGCAGUCUCUGUCCCACGGUUUCUAUUGAGCAUGGAUUCCUUAGACAACAUUCUAAGUCAAAUGAUGAUGAAGAGGCAGAAAUACAUUGGAAAUUGAUCCCGAUUACAGGAGGGAAUGCAGGAAGCCCAGAAGACCAGCAUGGGAAACAUGGUGAGAAACAAACACCAGGAAUGAAAUCACCAGGAGAACAGCUGGUAUGCCUGCCACCAGUGGAGGCCUUUCCUAAUGAUCCCCGGGUCAUCAAUAGAGAAAGAAGCUGUGAUUACCAGUUCCCAUCCUCUCCGUCUACAGACACUCUAAAAGGCAUUACCGAGGAGGACACUGGAACAGCAGGUCAGGCGAUGACAGUGGAAGAGCAGUGUGUGCCAGCAGCAGAGCUUCCUAUAGUGAGUGAGAUUACAGAAAAUACAGUGUUAGGAGAGUUCCAUCUCUUCUCUAGGAAGGUAGAAGAGAUUUUGAAGGAGAAGAAUGUUUCAUAUGUUAGUACAAAUUCCACACCUAUCUUUUCGGCACAAGAGAAGAUGAAUCGCCUUUCUGAGUUCAUACAUUCUAAUUCUUCUAAAGCUGGUGUUGAUGAAUUUGUAGAUGGUUUGCAUGAAAAACUAAAUACUGUUGUUAUUAAAGCAUCAGCUAAGGGUGUGAGCGCUAAUCAUUCUCAUACUGCAACAGCAUUGACUUCUCUGGGAAGGCGUGUUGUGUCAAUUUCCUCAAGUGACUUCAGUGGUAAAGACCUUUUUGAGCCGCUCUGUUCUGAACAUUUAAAAGAUAACAACUCUAAUGAACAGUAUUCCUCUUCAGUGGAAGUAGAAAUGAAUCGGCCACACCACUGCAAAGAGUUAAUGUUGACUUCUGAUCACACUGUACCUGGUGAUACAGUCCUGGAACCCACAGAAAAAGAAAUAACAAAAUCACCCAGUGAUAUAACCAUUUCUGCACAACCAGCACUUUCAAAUUUUAUAAGCCAGUUAGAACCUGAAGUAUUUAAUAGUUUGGUUAAAAUCAUGAAAGACGUCCAGAAAAACACUGUGAAGUUUUACGUUCACGAAGAAGAGGAGAGUGUGCUUUGCAAAGAGAUAAAGGAGUAUCUUACCAAAUUAGGAAAUACAGAGUGUCAUCCGGAUCAGUUUUUGGAGAGAAGAUCAAACUUGGAUAAACUAUUGAUUAUUAUUCAAAAUGAAGACAUUGCAGGUUUCAUUCACAAGGUGCCUGGCUUAGUGACUUUAAAGAAGCUCCCAUGUGUUAGUUUUGCUGGUGUUGAUAGCCUGGAUGAUGUUAAAAAUCAUACAUACAACGAGUUAUUUGUAUCUGGUGGCUUUAUUGUGUCUGAUGAAUCAAUUCUAAAUCUAGAGGUUGUUACAAUUGAGAGCCUUAAAAUUUUUUUGACAUUCCUUGAAGAACUUAGUACUCCAGAAGGGAAAUGGCAAUGGAAAAUCCACUGUAAAUUCCAGAAGAAACUAAAGGAACUGGGCAGAAUGAACACGAAAGCUCUGAGUCUGCUGACUCUUCUGAAUGUGUAUCAGAAGAAACACCUGGUUGAGAUUUUGUCUUAUCACAGUUGUGAUUCACAAACUCGAAAUGCUCCAGAAAUGGACUGCCUUAUUAGGCUUCAGGCUCAGAACAUACAGCAGCGACACAUAGUCUUUCUAACAGAGAAGAAUAUCAAGAUGGUUUCCAGUUAUACAGAUAAUGGAAUUGUAGUUGCAACUACUGAAGAGUUUAUGCAAAACUUUACAAAUCUUGUGGGCUAUCACAACUCAGUUACAGAAGAAAAUCCUCCGCCGCUGCUUGGUGCUAAUGAGAAUCUUGAGUCCCAGUCAGCUCUUUUAGAAAACGAUGAAAAGGAUGAAGAGGAUAUGUCUCUGGAUUCAGGGGAUGAAAUCUCACAUAUAGAAGUAUUCAGCAAUGUUCAUUCAGAAAUAUUGGCGGGAGAAACCAAAGGAUCAAGUGGAACAGAUCAAAAAAAGAAUAUCCAAAUUGAAUUGCAGUCAUCUCUUGAUGUGCAAAACAGUUUAUUAGAAGAUAAGACUUAUUUAAUUGAUUGUGAAGAGAGCGCUCCUAUUGAUAGAGUAUGCUCUGAAGGAGAGAACAGCAAUUCAGCAGAACAGGAUGCGUAUAGCGACUUUCAGGCUGACCAAAAUCAGUUACAAAUGUCCCAUCAGUGUAGUCAUUUUAAUGUUCUCACGCACCAGACGUUUCUGGGGACACCAUAUGCCCUUUCAUCAACUCGGUCUCAAGAAAAUGAAAAUUACUUUUUAUCUGCUUACAAAAACUUGGGUACAGAGAAAUCUCCAUUAAGUUAAGGAUGUGUUCAAGGAGAAAUUACAGUAAUUACAAAAAAAUAGGUUGUUGUGGACUUUUUUCAGUUUCUUAAAAGUGAAUUGAUGAUUUAUAAACAAGUUUCUUGGCCUUUCUGAAUUUUUUCCUUUCCUGUUUAUUUAAAUCAUGAUGGCCUAUAUAACAUUUGAAGCAUAUGAAAAUUGGAAAAAAAUUUUUUUGACAUUGUAAUCAGAUUAUCUCGUGUUAGCACCUUUCAGUUUUACAUUUGUUACCUGUACUUGGGCUUCAAAUUGAAGUCUAUUUUAUAUGUAAAAUUUGAUGUUUAUAAAAGAACGGUAAAUAGUAAUGGCUUUCUUUAAUGUCAGAUGAUAACUAAUUUUGCUGAAAUGUCAA